ACUGCUCGAGUUCUUCCGCCUCUGCUUCCAGCGACCACGGCCGCGCGACUCCUCUCCCCGUUUCCCCCGCGCGCGCGGCCUGUGUGCCCCUCCGGCCAGCCGCGUAGCUCGUAGCCGGCUGCACUGUGAAAAGCUCGACCACGGUCGUGCGAGCCUCACCUGCCGUCCUCGUCCAUGCCUCCGGAGAAAUCCCCGCAGUCCUCAGUUGUUUAUGAACAAAGAGUUGUAAUUCCAAACAAGCAUGGGGAGAAGCUUGUUGGUUUAUUGCAUCAAACAAGUUCAAAGAAACUUUUGAUCCUCUGUCAUGGAUUCCGAGCCACAAAGGAUGACAGCAUCUUGGUUGACCUUGCUGCUGCUGUAACAAGGGAAGGAAUUAAUGCUUUUCGGUUUGAUUUUGCUGGAAAUGGGGAAAGUGAAGGUGAAUUCCAAUAUGGAAGCUAUCGAAAAGAGGCAGAUGACUUGCGCUCUGUAGUAUCAUAUUUCUCAAAACAGAAAUAUGACAUUAUUGCUCUUAUUGGGCAUAGUAAAGGUGGAAAUGCUGUGCUUCUAUAUGCUUCCAUGUACCAUGAUGUUCCCAUCAUUGUGAAUAUUUCUGCCCGCUUUGCAUUAGAGCGAGGUAUUGAUGGGCGCCUUGGGAAGAAUUUCAUGCAGAAAAUGAAGAAAGAUGGGUAUAUAGAUGUCAGUAAUAAAAAGGGGGAGUUUGAGUACCGGGUGACGAAAGCAACUCUGAAAGACCGGCUGAGCACUGAUACCCUUCUUUCGAGCCGUGCCAUAAGCAAAGACUGCAGGGUCCUCACAAUCCACGGCUCCAAAGAUGAGAUCGUCCCGGUGGAAGACGCCCGGCUGUUCGCGGCAAACAUCCCCAACCAUGAGCUGCGCAUAAUCGCAGGCGCCAACCACCGCUACACCGGCCACGAGCAGGAGCUGACUUCACUUGUGCUGGGCCUCAUCAAGUCCCAUCACCAAACCACGUUGCCAUUGCGUCCAAAACUGUAGAACUCUUCGACACGACAAUUUGUGAAGCCUGAUCCUUGCUCUAAAUUCCUUGUUCCAAUCCGGAUGGAUGUGGAUGUUAUCCAGAACUGGAUUUGCUGGAAGAUACAUCUCAAUCGCCAUGACUCGCAAGUCAAAAAAGUCUGUACCAU